AUGUCGUCAGAGGGUCGCUCUGCCAAGCUUGGUCAACCAUCCCAGCAUGCAGCCUGUCAGGCCGGUAAUACCAACAGUCCUGAGCGAGGCAGCGCGGCAGCAGUAGCUACCUCAGGACUUACUGCUGCCGCUGCUGCUGCCAGUAGGACUGCCGGCCCUGUGCCGCGUAUGAAUGAGGGAGAAGAGGAAUUUGAAGACGAGGAAUCGAAAUAUAUCGCCGAUGAUGAACUAGUCACAAUGGAUAUCAAAGAUCUGAAUCGGCGAAUGCGAGAACUGAACAAACGGGAGCAGGCACGUAUCAAGCAGAGGCGCAGGACGCUAAAAAACCGUGGGUACGCGCAGAAUUGCAGGUCUAAACGCCAGUCAAAAGCCGACUCGCUGGAUAAAAAGAAAUCUGAACUGGAAGACGAGAUCAAAGCCAUUCGGGACGAACUGAAGGCUGCCAAGGUAGAGAGGGAUAGUGUUAAAGCACAAGUUCAUCAGAUUGUUGGCUCAGGCCCGAAAGAAAAAGACCAGCUCCGGCAAGAAUUGCUCGCUAUCAAGAGGACUAUUGGGCAGAGACAGCAGCUUAGACAGCAGCAACAGCAGCAGCAGUCGCUUGAACUGGCAGCUGCAAGGGGGCUUUCACCUCCACCACCGGCACUACUGGACUUGCACCAAGACUCCCUGUUAUAG